AUGACUGCCAUGACGAAGCGCGAAUACGGCGACGACGACAGUGCCCGCGCCAAGCGUGUAAAGACGGAAUCCAACGGCCAAGGCAAUAUGGACGCAGCGGCGAAUCCCUACCUGGCGCACUGGAACGACGAGAAGCCCGUCAAGAGCGAGUACAACGGCACUGGGUCAGGACUACAGGGCUUCAAGCGCCAUGCGACAACUACGGCGCAGGCAAAUGCCGCCGAAGAUGGCCCCAACAACGCCUUCACCGGAAGGCCGCUCUCGAGCAAGUACAUGAGCAUCCUCAAGAAGAGGCGAGACCUGCCCGUGCACCAGCAGCGCGAUGAGUUCCUCAAGCUCUACCAGGAGUCGCAAAUCCUCGUCUUCGUCGGUGAGACGGGUUCCGGAAAGACGACUCAGAUCCCGCAGUUCGUCCUUUUUGACGACCUGCCGCAGGAGAAUGCCAAGAUGGUGGCCUGUACCCAGCCGCGUCGUGUCGCUGCCAUGUCUGUCGCCCAGCGUGUAGCUGAGGAGAUGGAUGUUGAGCUCGGCGAGGAGGUCGGAUACAGCAUUCGUUUCGAGGACAAGACGGGCCCGAAUACCAUCCUCAAGUACAUGACAGACGGAAUGUUGUUGCGCGAGGCCAUGAACGACCACAACCUUACUCGCUACAGUACCAUCAUUCUCGACGAGGCUCACGAGAGAACCUUGGCUACAGAUAUCCUGAUGGGUCUGCUGAAGGAGGUUGUCUUGAGGCGGCCGGACCUCAAGCUCAUCAUCAUGAGUGCUACACUCGAUGCCACCAAGUUCCAGAAGUACUUCCACAACGCCCCGCUGCUCGCCGUUCCUGGACGAACCCACCCCGUCGAGGUCUUCUACACACCUGCGCCCGAGCGAGACUACGUCGAAGCCGCCCUACGCACCGUCCUUCAGAUCCACGCCACCGAACCCGAAGGCGAUAUUCUGCUAUUCUUGACUGGUGAAGAAGAGAUUGAGGACGCAUGCAGGAAGAUAAAUCUGGAAGCUCAAGAUCUUUCCAGAGAAGGUGGUGCUGGCCCACUUGUGGUAUACCCGCUGUACGGAACUUUGCCACCUGCGCAGCAGCAGAAGAUCUUCAACCCUGCGCCUCCACCUUCAACACCAGGCGGCCGUCCUGGACGCAAGGUCAUCGUUUCCACCAACAUCGCUGAGACAUCUCUUACUAUUGAUGGUAUCGUUUACGUCGUGGACCCUGGUUUCAGCAAGCAAAAAGUCUACAACCCUCGUAUCCGUGUCGAAUCUCUCCUGGUUUCACCCAUCUCCAAGGCCUCUGCCCAGCAGCGAGCUGGUCGUGCGGGACGUACGCGGCCUGGUAAAUGCUUCCGCCUGUACACCGAGCAAGCUUUCAAGAAGGAGCUUAUCGAGCAAACCUACCCCGAAAUUCUACGAUCGAAUUUGGCAAGCACCGUUCUCGAACUGAAGAAGCUCGGAGUCGACGAUCUGGUACACUUCGAUCUCAUGGACCCACCUGCGCCUGAAACGCUGAUGCGUGCCUUGGAAGAGCUCAACUACUUGGCAUGUCUCGAUGACGAGGGUGAGCUUACCACACUCGGAGGACUUGCCUCGCAGUUCCCUCUGGAUCCCGCGUUAGCAGUCAUGCUCAUCACUUCACCCGAGUUCUACUGUUCGAAUGAGAUUUUGUCGCUCACUGCGCUACUCUCUGUACCCCAAAUCUUCGUGCGUCCGGCCAACAACCGAAAGCGAGCAGACGAGAUGAAGGAAUUGUUCGCACAUCCAAAGGGUGAUCAGCUUACCAUGCUAAACGUCUACCACGCCUUUAAGAGCGAAGAGGCACAAGCGAACCCGAAGCAGUGGUGCCACGACCACUUCCUCUCCUACCGAGCGUUGCAGCAAGCUGACAAUGUCCGUCUCCAACUCAAGCGCAUAAUGGAGCGUGAAGAACUCGAGUUGAUGUCGACGCCAUUCGAGAACAAGAAGUACUACGAGAACAUUCAGCGUGCACUCGUGGCUGGUUUCUUCAUGCAAGUCGCCAAACGCGAUGGCAACGGCAAGAGUUACAUCACCGUCAAGGACGAGCAGAACGUUCUUUUGCACCCUAGCACUGUUCUUGCUGAGGACAGUGAAUGGGUCAUCUACAACGAGUUUGUGUUGACGACCAAGAACUACAUUCGUACAGUGACUUCGGUCAAGCCUGAGUGGUUAAUGGACAUCUCACCCAACUACUACGACUUGUCGCAGUUCAAGAAGGGUGAAAUCAAGCAAGCUCUCCAGCGAGUGGUUACUAAGAUUCAGCGGAAGGAAGCUGACAAGGGAUCACGAAGAUGA